AGAAGCACUCUUAAUUAGUCUUCCUAUAUUGUUUUUUUUUCUUCUUCUCAAAGUCCAUUUACACAAGAAUCAAGUUCCAAUUUUACUCUUGAUUAUGGCACCCCAUGGUGAAUCUUAUCCUUUGCCUUUGCCUAGUUCUUUCUCAAAACCCAACAACAACAUGGUGUCAAAGCCACCAAGGGUGUCAUCAAAUCACAUUCAAAGAACAAUCUCAGACCUCACAUUUGAGCUAUCAAAAGAAGGGAUUGAUCAUUUGACACUUCCACCAGUGGCUGAGGUUGAGGAAAUUGCAAAGUGUGAGUGUUGUGGGAUGUCAGAGGAGUGCACCCCUGAAUACAUUGAAAAGGUAAGAAGCAAAUUCUUGGGGAAAUGGGUGUGUGGGUUGUGUUCUGAGGCAGUGAAGGAGGAGUUGGUGAAGAAUGGAGGGAAAAAGGAAGAGGCUUUGAGUGCACACAUGAGUGCAUGUGUCAGGUUCAACAAGUAUGGGAGGAGUUUCCCUGUUCUGUUCCAAGCAGAGGCCAUGAAAGAGAUGCUGAAAAAGAGCAAAAUGGAAGGGAGAAGGGCCAAGUCUUUCAAUCCUAGGGAGAAUGAUAAAAAGAAAGGUGGGAUUGCAAGAAGUUCAAGUUGCAUUCCAGCUAUUACAAGAGAGAUCAAUGAUCUCACAAAAUCAGGGUUGUAACUUCCAGUCCGCAACAACAUCAUGACCGCAAUUGUGGGCAGUUUCAACUCGCAUUUGUCUGCAAUUCCGUGAACGCAACCAAUUCCGUGAACGCAACCGUAAUUCAAAACACUCAAAAAAAUAGCUAAUUAUUAAUCUUAAGUUUUUAUCAUCAUAACUAGUUCAAGCUUUUUAUUCUCAAUUCCUAUGUGAAGGGGGAACAUGGUUUUUUUUUAUCAUUAUUUACCUGUUCCCCCUUUUUUUGUUGCUUUUUUCUACUGACUAGUAACCACUCCAGGUUUCUAAAUGUUUCUGAGACCCUCUUUGGGGGAGAAACCCAAAGGUGCCUUGUGAGUCAGGUUUUUUCAGGUCUCUCUCCCCAUCAUAGUCCUGUCUGUUUGCCUUUCUUUCUCUGGAGGGUUAUUAAUUAUUUGUCUGUAGUAACUGGCUUGUUCUUUGUUUUGUUCAAUGAUAUGUAAUGUAACAGAUA